AUGCCCGACUCAACUCGAGUAGCAACUGUGUACCCACCUGGGUACGAAACAUGGGGAGAGAAGUUCCAGAGAAAGUUUAAGGAGAAUCCCUGGGUGCCACUAGGCUGUCUGGCAACAUGCGGCGCCCUCCUCAUGUCCGCCGUCAAAAUGCGACAGGGACGGUCAAAAGAAAUGAACUACUGGAUGCGUGCCCGAGUGGGCUUGCAGGGUCUCACCCUCGUCGCCCUCGUCGCCGGUUCCAUGGCUCUCAAAGCCGCUAAAGAGAAAGCGGAGUUGGAGGCUGCCAACGCCCCGGAACUGACACAAGAACAGAUCAGGCAACUGGAGAAGGAAAAGGAAGAGUUUGAGAUGAGGUUGAAGGAGGCGGAGUAUUCUCAUGCGCAGGAAAUGGCGCUGGCUGCUGGGGCGAAUGUCAGGAAGGCGAAGACUGCUGAAGCCGCGCAAAAGUCUGCUGCUGUUGGUGUCGAGGUAGACACUGAAAACAGGCCGUCGACGCCUGCCCCGUCUGGCAAGAGCUGGUGGAAAAUGUGGUAA